AUGACAGAAUCAGACCUCAAAUCCUUGCAAGAAGAACAUAACGGAAGAAAGUACAUCAUCAAUCUCAUUGACUCCCCAGGGCACAUUGAAUUUUCAGGGGAAGUUAAUGCUGCUCUCCGUAUCACCGAUGGCGCUCUUGCUGUUGUUGACUGUAGCGAGGGUGUUUGCAUCCAAACCAGAAACGUCAUUCGCCACGCACUCCUUGAAGGAUUACGGCCCAUGUUGACCGUUAACAAAAUGGAAACAUGUUUCCUUGAUUGCGAAGCCGAUGGUGAAGAAGUGUAUAAAACUUUGGAAGGGAUCAUUAAUGAGGUGAAUGCCACCAUUGAUAUCAAUAAGGUCCCGCAGUUAGAUGAUGUCACGGUGAGCCCCACAAAAGGCAACGUGGCGUUUUCGUCUGGGCUUCAUGGAUGGGCAUUUACGUUGAAAUACUUCGCGGAAAAGUACGCUCUUGAGUUUGAUGUUGACGUGCCAACGAUGAUGGAGAGACUUUGGGGUGAGAACUAUUUUAAUCUGGAAACGCAAAGAUGGAGCAAAAAAAGAUACAGUUGUCGCAAUUGCAAACGUGGGUUUGUUCAGUUUUGUUAUAAACCUAUUAAGGCUGUCAUUGGGUAUUGCAUGAAUGACCAGAAGGAUCGGUUAUUGCCUGUAUUGAAAGAACUUGGCGUUACAUUGACGUCUAAAGAGAAAAAAUUGGUGGGCAGAGAAUCGGUGAAAAGUGUUAUGCGGAAGUGGUUUCCCGCUCCUCCCGUUUUACUAAAAAUGAUGGUAUUUCAUUUGCCUUCACCCUGCGUUGCUCAAAAAUACCGUGUGGAGAUUUUGUAUGAAGGUCCUAAAGAUGAUAAGUAUGCUGAGGCAAUUAGAAACUGCGACCCCAAUGGCCCUCUCAUGCUCUAUGUAUCGAAAAUGAUUCCUGCAUCCGACGACACGGGUCGAUUCUGGGUUCUAGGCCGGGUUUUUGCGGGUCAGGUUUCAACCGGUAUGAAGGUCGGGGUAUUGGGAUCUAAUUACGCUCAACACAAGGAUUUCUCUGUCACUAUUGUGGAAAAAACUGAGAAAGAAACCGAGACUAAUGUUGCUAGGGAUGCAGUUUUGGCUUCUCAACUGACAGCAGGACCAAGGCUAAUGGAGCCAAUAUUUUUGGUUGAAAUACAAGCUUAUGAGCAAUCACUUGAGAAGAUAAAAAGUGUGUUUCAAGAAAGACGCGAUUCAGACCCAAUGGAAGCUAAUUCUCUGGCGCAUAAGCUUAUUCAACACAUCCAUGAGAGGAAGGCUUACAUGAGGCAGAUGACACCACCAUAG